GGUGAAAGGUCACCUACAUUCUUUUCACAAGCCCCCCUCUGAGACAAACCCAGACGGUUACAGCGGCAAGAAAAAAGGAGAUGUUAGAUCUCCCAAAGCCCUGAACAAGAGACAAGAAUGGCUACUGCUGGUUCUGCUGGUGCUCGGCAUGUACUCUUAACGGGACCACCAGUCAUCACCGCCACCGCCUUCUCGAGCUGAGAAAAUUUCCAGACGGUUGUUAGAGCUUUGUGGAAGGAUCCAAGUAAAGGCUGGAUGGCAAAACUUUGAGAUUUUUCCAAGAGACCGCCGAGUUGCAUUACGGAGAUGAACAACUGAACUCGACUGGAGUUGAUCAAGUGUUCUACGAGACCUGUUGCGGCGACUAUCUCGGAGUGAAAUUUGUCUCCGUAAUUCCUGCCAAGUGAGAUACUUGUCAUACCACCAUGCGUCGGAGCAGCUAUCGUCCAAUCCUGUACCUCCAGUUCUUCCUGCUCUUCGUGGACAUCUUUGUCAACUCCUUCUCGGACCUGCUGCGGAUGGCCAACGUGAUCCAGCUGGUCCUGUACAUCAUCCAGGACGUCUGUCUCGUCUUUGCGGUCAUCGUCGUCUUCCUCGUCUUCUUCAACACCUUCAUCUUCCAGGCGGGGCUCGUCGGACUUCUCAUCCGUAAGUUCAAGACCACGAUCAUCGUGACCCUGACCUACUUCGUCCUGUGUGUGGGACUCCACGUGUGGGCCAUGUCCCUGCGGUGGGAGGACCCAAACAGGUACAUCUGGAACGAAGGCUUCCAGGCCAUGUUCGUGUUCCAGAGAGUAGGUGCCGUGCUGUAUUACUACUUCUAUAAGAGGACAGCUUUGCGGCUGGGAGACCCCAGGUUCUAUCAGGACUCUGACUGGCUGAGGAGAGAGUUUGCAAAAGUAGGAAGAUAGAAGUUCAGAUAGCAUUCAUUAAAUGGAAUGUAACAAAUUUUGUAUGAUUUUGUAUGUUAAUAGUCAAUACUUCUCGACCUUCCCACAACUUUUGGUAAUACUUUUGAUGAUACCAUUAGCUAGUUUCCUGCAAUUCUAGAGUUAUCUUGUCUUGGUGACCAAGAAAACUCUCAAACUUGACAGGGAUGUUUGCAUACAUGUAUAUGGGAAACUGUUUUUAUAAUCUAUCAUACAUUGACAGCUAGAAAGCCAAGAAAUUGGGAGCUUUUUUGAGGUAAGGUUUGUCUUUAGAGAACACGUUUUUGCAGUGAAAAUCUGUUAACCUUAAAAGAAACAUUUUACAUUUUUCUUGAGUUGUCAAGUUUAUCAUAAAUAUACUGAAUAUCUGUACUUUUGAUUAUAGUUAUACUACUGACUUCUCAAAUUACAGUGUUUUCUGACAUUUUGUAAUAUAUUUGUUAAAUGAGUAGUUUUGCAAAGCUUCAGUUUUUUCAAAGUGUAAAAUAUGGACUAUAACCUGGUCCCUGCACAUGUAAACUUUGUACAUUGGUUUGUUUCUUCCUUUUUUUUAUUGUACAUUUUGUUUUUAAGAAAAUAUGUAGAGACUGAGACAAGAAGGCAAGCCACUGUGAAUGUUUGUGUCAGCCUUGACAACAACCACGUUAUAAGUAGAGUGCAAAGAUUACGUGUAAUAGACCUCUAUAUAGUAAGUUAUUGUGAGAGAUGUAGUGCCUUAGAAUUAGGGCUAUGUACCUACAUAAUACAUAAUACAUGUUCAGAUACAGGUAUACGAACUAAUAGUAAUACAGAGUUACAUGUACAAGCAGGGUUGAACAAUUAUCUCCAUUGCCCAGGGAAAGAGAAAGUUGUUGGACAAGUGUAUGUCCUACUGUACAUGUACGGGCUUGACCGAACCAGUGAGAUUUCUCCAUGGGAAAAUAUUCAAUUACAUGCUCUUUUACAUUCAAGUACAAGUCCUUUUUUUAACUGAAAUUGUGAAAAAUAAAAUUAUGAUUUCCUUGCUGUAAGUAAAAGUGCACAGAUUUAUGUCAGUUAACUUUAGAUUAGCCAGUGAAAAGUUGUUUAAAGCUAGAGACAAUGCAAAUGUCCUGUAUGGCUAUAGGGCAAGUGGAUUUUACGAAACUUGUCUAUUAAA